GGAAAAAGUACGCACUUAGCGAAAGUAAGCCGCAAAAAAAAAAUGUUGGUAAUCGCAGCGUUAAUUGCGUUUACGCUUAGUGUAUAUUUGAGCAAUGCUCAGGAUCCGCAGUUCCCCUGGCAGCUGCCCCAGUCUCAGGCCGGUGGUUUAUCAUUCUCCCCGGUCCUGAAGGAACUUCCCCAGCAGAGCUUUUCACCGGAGCUGAGUCAGAUCACAUCCCUCUCUCAUCGAGCAGCAUGAUCGAACAGAAUGAGCGCAUAGACUGGCUUGAAAAUCAAUGACAUCACUCCGGCUGAAUGUGAGGAUAUCAGCUGCUGUUAUGAUGCGGGGGGCUGUUACUAUGCCAGGGCAGUUACUCUGCAGUGCACGAGAGAUGGGCAGUUUGUAUUGGUGGUUGCUCGAGAUGCUACCAUGCCACGCAUCAGUUUAGAUUCCAUCCACAUGCUGGAGAAUGACCCCAGUGGCCGCUGCGCUUCUGUCGACAGCACUGCCAGCUUUGCCAUCUAUCAGUUUACUGUUAGCUCCUGUGGCACCAGAAUGAAGGAAGAAAGCGGUUUUGUUAUUUAUGAGAACAUGAUGUCAUCCGCAUAUGAAGUGGCCGUUGGACCUCGUGGAUCAAUUUCGAGGGACAGUUCUUAUGAGCUGAAGUUCCAGUGCAGGUAUUCGGGAUCAGCAGUUGAGGCUCUGGUGGUGGAGGUGAAUACGGUUCCUCCUCCUCCCCCGGUCUCUCAGAACGGCCCGCUCCGAGUGGAGCUCAGGCUCGCCAGUGGACAGUGCUCUACUAAAGGAUGCUCUGAUGAGGAUAUGUACACCUCAUACUACUCGGAGGCAGACUACCCUGUUACUAAAGUGUUGAGAGAACCUGUGUAUGUGGAGGUGCGGAUUCUGGAGAGGACUGAUCCAAACCUUAUCCUGGUCCUAGACCACUGCUGGGCCACUUCUAAUCCUGAGCCCACCAGUCUGCCUCAGUGGGACCUUUUGCUAAAUGGCUGUCCAUAUAAGGAUGACCAUUACCUGACCACAAUGCUUGCUGUUGAGCACUCAGGACUGCAGUACCCAUCUCAUUACAAACGUUUUGUUGUGAAGACGUUCUCUUUUGUAGAUCAGUCCUCACUUGUGCCUCUGCAGGAAAGGAUUUUUAUUCACUGCACUACGUCUGUUUGCCAUCCCUCCAUCACUGAGUCAUGUGAGCCCAGCUGUGGCAGCAGGACAAGAAGGUCCAUUUCAGAAGACUUGAAGGAUUCUGAGGAAACGGUUGUAGUUUCGAGUGGGGAGGUCAUACUUGUAUCCCAUUUGCCAGAUUGUGAGGCAAAUCUAGCUGAUAAGGAAGUCCCGCAGAUAUUGGAUUAUGGAUUAUGGGCAGCAGGAGCUCUCACUGUGUUAGGUGUCUCUGGGCUUGUGGUGGCUGUUUUAAUACAGCCGGCCAAACCUCGCCCUCAGCCCGCUCCAGUGUGACGUUAAUAAAAUAACAAAAAAAGGUGACACCUUGUGCGAUCACUGGUUUAUUUAAAAAUUGCUGAGACCUUACAAUAGGUAAGUGUUUGGCAUUUCUAAUAUAUACAAUGACAAAUCUACAACCAUGUAUCAAAAUAUAUUUGAGGAAAAAAAUGCCUUCAGGUGCCUUAUGCAG